GCUACUGGGGCAACGGCGUCUCUUCGGCCCCCGGGAGGACGCGCGGGCUCGGAUAGGCGGAGGCUCGGCUAAAGAAAGGGAACCAGAGCAAAGAAGCGGGCUGAGGAGUAGCCGCCGCCGCCACCGUGUCUCUCUUCUCUCUCUCUCUCCCCGCUUCUCCUUGUCCUCCUUUCUCCUCCUUUUUGCUUCCCCACCGCUCCCUCUUUCCGAGCAAGUUGUCUCCCGGCCCCGUUGCAGCUCGAAGGGACAGCGGCCGGGAGGUCCCUGCUCCCUCCCUGCCUCUGCCUAACCUUCCCCGAGAAGAUGCCGCCGCUGCCGCCGCCGCGGCUGCUGCUGUAGUGUGGCUUGGCUAACUCCUCCCCAUGUUCUUGCCGCCGGCUUCGGUGGCUCUGCUUCGCAGGCCGGGUAGAGGAUGCUGCCCUGCUCGGUGCGGGGCCGCGACCAGGGCAUCGCCGGCCGUUUCCUUUCCUGCCAUUCCGGCCCCCGGGGUUCUCCGUGCCGCAGUUGUUAGCUCCUUCGCCGAGCGAUGACUUCAAAGCAUCAGGCGGACUGGAUCCCUUACAGUGUUUUAGAUGACGAGAGCAGCAACCUGCGACAACAAAAGCUUGACAGACAGAGAGCAUUGCUAGAACAGAAGCAGAAGAAGAAGCGUCAAGAACCAAUGAUGGUUCAGUCCAAUGUAGAUAGUCGCACAAGGACCCGUAGAAUGAAACAAUCUGAAGAACAAGCACCACUAGUUGAGUCUUACCUCAAUAGCAACAGCAGCGCUAUCUAUCAUGCAGUACAAGAGACUGAGCAAGAAGAUGUUAAGGUGGCAGCAGAUCCACAGGCUCCGAAGUCAACUAAAAAACCCAAAGCAGCCACAGGAGGCUGUCAAACAAGCAGCACCAGGAAAGAGAAGAAAGGAAAACAAAAGGGCAUUGAUGGUCCAGCUGCUUUUCAAGAUGAAGUACAGAUAGCAAGGAGCCAAGUUCAAAUUCUUACUGUUGGGGAAUCUUGCCAUGAUGAGGAUGAUGGAGAGGUGUUAGCUACUAGCCAACAAGGCAAACAAGACCUUAGAGUAACAAUGCAGAAAAAAGGCAUUUCAAGUAGCAUGAAUUUUGAUGAAGAGGAGGAUGAGGAGGAUGAAGAUAGCUCAAGUUCCUCACAGUUAAAUAGUAAUACCCGACCAGGUUCUGCAACAAGCAAGAAAUCAAAUAAGGAAACAGCAUCAGGGCCCAGCCCUUCAACCAAUAACCCUGUAAUAAAUGUGGAUGAUUUGGAGGAGUUUGCUGUGAGACCUGCUCCUCAGGGAGUUACUGUCAAAUGCCGAAUCACAAGAGACAAGAAGGGAAUGGACCGUGGAAUGUACCCUACCUAUUACCUCCACCUAGAAAGGGAGGAUGGUAAAAAGGUAUUUUUAUUAGCUGGAAGGAAACGGAAAAAGAGCAAAACCUCAAAUUACCUCAUCUCCAUUGACCCAACAGACCUGUCACGAGGAGGAGAGAGUUUCAUUGGAAAAUUAAGGUCAAAUCUCAUGGGGACUAAAUUUACAGUUUACGAUAAUGGAGUUAACCCAGUGAAAACAACAUCGAGUUUGGAGGCAAGUAAUCUACGCCAGGAGUUAGCUGCUAUUUGCUAUGAAACAAACGUUUUGGGAUUUAAGGGGCCUCGUAAAAUGAGUGUCAUCAUACCUGGAAUGAAUAUGGAUCAUGAGAGAGUUUCCAUCAGACCACGGAAUGAACAUGAAACACUCCUCUCAAGAUGGCAAAACAAAAACACGGAGAGUGUCAUUGAGCUGCACAACAAAACUCCAGUCUGGAAUGAUGAUACUCAGUCUUAUGUUUUAAAUUUCCAUGGUCGUGUAACACAGGCCUCAGUGAAAAACUUUCAAAUUAUUCACGACAAUGAUCCUGACUACAUAGUAAUGCAGUUUGGCCGUGUGGCAGAAGAUAUUUUUACAAUGGAUUAUAAUUAUCCUAUGUGUGCAGUACAAGCCUUUGCUAUUGCCCUGUCCAGUUUUGACAGCAAGCUAGCUUGUGAGUGAACAUGUUAUGCCUAAACUUCACUGCAGCCAAAACCAUGUGCCACUGGAAGAAGAAAACAUACAUUCCACUUUUUCUCUGGUGUCAUCAGUGGUCACAUAUCCUUAUGAGGCAGGUAAAAUUUGUUUUCUGAAGGACCAACCUUUUUUGAUGAAGAGAAAAUAUUUUGAAAAUUCAAGACUUUCAGGAAUGUUUUCCCCGCUUAUUCUCUAUUUUUCUGGAAGUGGCAUCAGAGCUCUAUAAAUAGAAGACUUAUCUUAAUGUCCUCAGUUCUGUUAUAAAGAUGCACAUAAUUGUGGCUUAAGUGAAAACACCAUUGGGAUCAAUGAUGUCUUUUUUAAAAACCCAUAAAAGCUAUCACGGCACAGAUCUAGUUUUGGAUUUAAGACAUAUUGGGAGGCUAUCAGCAUACCUCAAGAUUUCAUUCACACUUUUAAGGAUUUUGUGUCACCCAUCUCAAACAUAAGACCGUGAGAAAAGUGCAAACUUUUUUCAAGAAAGAAACAAGGUAGCAUUUACUCUCAAAGCCAAGACUGAAAUUGAUUUGUGAUAGUGUUUUAUGUGGGAAGGAAUCUGACAAAUUUUUAAUCCUGAUGGGGAAUGGAAUGGGGUGGGGGGGAAUCGGAAGCACAAAUUAAUAUUGCACAACUCACUUGUACUCCAAGGUGUUAUUUUAUAGAUUGUGUUUUAAGUCUCCCUUUCUGAUGUCAGAUGUCACUCUUGUUUUUAAGAAGAGAAGUUUGAUUAUGUGAAGUCAUCAGAUGGAUGGGAGAAAUAAUGCUGAAUCAUUAUACCAACUAAAAAUUGGGAAUAUUCUAAAAGAAAGGAAUAAUGUGCUUCAACAUGUAUGAUGUCUCAGGUCCCAUAUGUGGCAUGUUCUGUCCAAGAAAGUUUUCUGUCUUUUACCCUGGAGAACUGCUGCCCUUUGGAUAGACAUGAUUGAACUAAAAGUUGAGGGGCUGACACUGAACAAAGGGUGUACGUAUGCUGUAAAUUAAUUGAAUGACAUCUAAUUCUUUGAAUAAAUCUGUCUUGAUAGAGCUGCCUCUUU